GUUAAAUAAUUUUUGACCUGAGGGAGUGAAAAAGUGAAAGUGUGAUAAUAUAUUGGAGUAUAUGUUGUUUAAGAUGAGGGAGAAAGAGUGAGAAAUAAUUUGGUCUAAUCUUGAUUAUCGUCAACUUUUGGACAUUUGGUAUAAAAACUGAAUCGAAUCCAUUCAAAUUCAUCAGUUAAUCAAAUCACCUCGAAAGUUAGUGUUUAACAAUCAACUAAUCCACUAAGUCAACUAAUCUAAACCUUGUGCUCUCCAUAUUAAUAUUUACCGUUAUUCACUUGGAAUCAUAAUAAUUUAAAUAAUCUAAUAAUGUGUGGAAUCAUUUUCAAGGCUGUUUUAUGUUUCGGUGUCCUCGCUAUCGUAGCAAAUGCCACUGGACAUGGUGGACAUAGUAACACUCAUAGGAAACAAGAUGCUUGGGGUAAUUAUGAAUUCGGUUAUGAUAUAACUGACCCAUGGGGUGCUAAAAAUUAUCGAAAGGAGUCCGGUGAUGGUUGGGGUAAUAAGUGGGGCUCAUAUGGUAUCCGUGAUUCUGAUGGACGUUUAAGAAUCGUUGAGUAUGUUGCCGAUGGCAAUGGUUUCCGUGCUAAGAUCAAAACUAACGAACCCGGAACUACAAACAAAGAUUCAGCCGCUGCCAUUUACAAUGGACCAGAUCAUCAUGGUCACAGUCACAGUUUAGUUAAAUCAGGUUCGAUUGCACCUCAAUUCAAUCAUCAUGGUCCAUCAUCUCAUAAACAUGAAGGUAAACAUCAUGACGAUGGUCACUAUGGACAUGGUGGUUACGAUAAGGUUCAUCAUGGACCAAUUGUCCAUCAUGGAGGUGAUAAUUAUGGUCAUCAUGAUGGUGGACAUGAUGCUUGGUCACAUGAAUACAAACAUGUUCCAGUUUCAUAUAAACACAAAGAGAUUGACCAUUACCCUGUCCAUCAUCAUGAACCUUCACACCAUGAAUCUGGUUGGGGUUCAUCAGCUGAUCAUCAUGGUUACGAUUCUGGUUAUGGUGGUGGAGAUUUAGCCGGAUAUGGAAAUCACUAUUCACUUAGAUACCUUCAUCAUAAGUAGAUUACAAUCAAAGCAAUUUGACCAACGAUGAGAAUUGAUUAACAUGACAAAUAACAAUCAAUGGUCAAUAAUCAAAUAUAUGAUUAACAAUAAUUGGGGAAAAGGUGUUAGAAAACAAGUGAAUCGUUUUAAUUGGAUCAAUUAAAACGAAAGCGAAAUCAUCAUAAAGAAUCAAUCAUUUAUGGUUGAUUGAUUUAAAUUGUUACUGCCAUUGAAUAAUUACUCAAUCAACCAUUGAGAUACUUUCACUUUUCAUCAACACGAUACAGUUAAUCACUGUUAACACUAAUCGUCUAAUCAUUUGGAGCAAUCAAUGGAUACAAUUAAAUGUUCAAAAUAUGUAAUACUUUGGAUAAGGAAUUGACAGUUGACAUUGUUGAUUGUUGAUCGUUGAUUGUUAAUCAUUAUUUGUUAUUACUUGUUGAUUGUUUAUUUCCUUUCUCUCUCUCAACUAAACUUCUUGUAAAUUAUUGUAUUAAUUGAAAACUUCCUGAUUCAAUUGUAACAAAUUGUUUCAACAAAUCAUUGAUUAUGUUACCUAAUUACCUGUUCACCAUUUAAAUUGUAAACAUUUAGAAUCAGUUUAUCAUCAAUCCUUAAUUGUCAUCGAAAAUCCUAAAUCAUCAUCAUUUCAUUUAGUUAACCAAAAUUAAACUUAUUCACCAAUUUUAAUUGUAAUAAUUAACAAUCAAAAUGGCUACUCUAAUUAACUGUAUAAAUAAUAUCGUGAUUGUUUAGAUUAACAACUUA